CAACCGAGCAAAGGGAGGCAAGUGAGUGAGUGGCCAAACCCAAAAGCAACUUCGACCCGAGCAAAAGAAACAAAAUAAAAAAAACACAGAGUAGAAAAUCUUAUUUCAUAAAUCAACCUCUACUACUUGCUGUCUCGCUCUCCCCCAUCGCUCUCCCCCAUCGAACACAAAAAUCUUAUUUUAUAAUUAAUUUUACCAUUGGUUGUCUCUAUUUAUAUUAUUUAGCCCUAUUUGGUAUUUAUUCCCUCAAAAUCAAUUUUUAUUAUUAUAUUAUUAUUUUUUUAAAAAGAAAAACGCCACGGUGAAAUUACCGGCCAUUUGUAGAGAAUCAACUGGGUCUGGGCCUACGGUAAUCUGAACAACGCCUUUGUAUACCGCUUAUUUCUGAAAAUCUUAUCCUCUGCCCUGUCUUCUUCCUCCUCUUCUUCUCCUGCUAAUAAUCUUCUUCAUCCUCACCCUCUUUUUUUUUCAUAUAUAUAUUAUUUUAUUAUUUUCCUCUUUUUCUUUUAUACUCCUUUUUUUUUUUUUUUUCUUUGCCAUAUUGUUGAUUGAUAGGCUUUUCUUAUCCUCCGCCUCCUCUUCUCUUUUCUCUCAUUUCCAAGCCCUCGAAUAAUCGCUGUGCUUAACGCCCACGCUUGUUCGAUUCAAUAGAGGGUUUUUCUCUUUUGCUUUUUUUUUUUUUUUCUUUGAAGUUUUUUUUUCCUUCUUCUUAAUUAUUGAAGUUUUGUAAAUUUCGUAACUUCAUCGGGGAUUCGUCGGAAAUGGCUUUGGUUUCGGCUUUCUUGGAGAUUUUCCAAAGACCCUCGCUGGUGGACGUGUUGGGCGAGCUCGUAAUCUUCGUAGCCCCUUUGUGGAUUGCGGUUAUCGUAGGAGUUCUGGUUGGAUGGGCGUGGAAGCCUGAAUGGGUUUCUUUGGUCGGUAGAGACUCGUCUGUUUCUAAACAAGAAUCUUCCUCCUCGUCUCCGACUACAUCGUCCACGUGUUUUGCCUCCAUUCCCAGCUUGCAUUCCUUGAAAUUUCCUUUCUCCUGGGCCUCCGAUGACGAGGUUCACAAGGGGGCUUUGCCACCUGCACUUGAUUCCGAUAUUAGUUCCUCACAACUUGAACAAGAAAAAUCCACGCUUGUGACCCAACAAGAUUUACAACACAUAUGCCGGCUUGUUGAGGAGAAUGAUGGAGGUCCUGCUUGGAUUCAGAUGAUGGACCGUUCUACUCCAACUAUGAGCUAUCGAGCUUGGAGAAGAGAUCCUGUGACUGGACCUCCACAAUACCGAAGCAGUACUGUAUUUGAGGAUGCUACACCUGAGUUGGUGAGGGAUUUCUUUUGGGAUGAUGAGUUUAGAUUGAAGUGGGAUGAUAUGCUUAUACAUGCUAGUAUUUUGGAGGAGUGCCCUACCACAGGUACCAUGGUAGUGCACUGGGUGCGCAAGUUCCCCUUCUUUUGUAGCGACAGAGAAUACUUGAUAGGUCGUCGCAUUUGGGAAUCAGGACGAUCAUACUACUGUGUAACAAAGGGAGUACCUUGCUCUUCUGUGCCAAGACGCAACAAACCUAGACGAGUUGAUUUAUACUAUUCAAGUUGGUGCAUUCGUGCAGUUGAAUCUAAGAGAGGGAAUGGCCAGCUGACUGCCUGUGAGGUUUUGCUGUUUCAUCAUGAAGAUAUGGGUAUUCCAUGGGAAAUUGCAAAGCUUGGAGUCCGUCAGGGCAUGUGGGGAGCUGUUCAGAAAAUUGAUCCUGGCUUACGUGCAUAUCAGAAACAGAGAGCUUCUGGAGUUGCACUCUCUCGUUGUGCUUUCAUGGCUCAGAUCAACACAAAGGUUAGCGCAGACUACCUGAGAUCUGUGGAAAAUGCCAGUGAUGAUUCAAUAGAGGUUGAAAAACUUGAUUCAUCUGAGAAACCUUUAGGGAGGAAUAUACCUAAGCUUCUAAUUGUUAGUGGGGCUGUAGUCCUUGCCUGUAGUCUUGACCGAGGGCUCUUGACUAAGGCAGUCAUAUUUGGAGUCGCCCGAAGGUUUGCAAAAAUUGGAAGGAGGUUAUGAUCUGGAAUGAUUUUUGCAUCUAUUUUUGGAGAUGUCAACGAUGUUGUUGUAAAUUUGAAGUGAGAAAAUGGCAAAUGGUGGAUAUCCUCAAUUGCCCUACAUUCAUGGAGAGUCAAGGUGGUAUUCUUUUCCCUUUUUGUUUGAGCUAUGAAACAGCUUUAGAUUGGAGAAGAACCCCGGCCAGAAGAGUCAUAAAAAAGGAAAAGAGAAAUCUAUAAUUGUAUUCAUUAAAGUAGGAAAUGUUAUAAAGGAUCUUCUUCAAAUAACAAGAACAUUCAGCUUUAA